UGCACCUAACCUCCCUAGAAAUAGCUUAUUAUAAUAUGUGUAAUUCCAUAAAUUGUUGUUGUAUGAACAAUGUGGGAAGAUGAUUGUGUGUGGAGGUUUUACGAAAAGUAGACGUGAAUAAUUAGAACAUGAUUUGCGACAAUGUUUUCGUCAGCUGUAAUAACUUUAAUUUUAAUAAUUAGUUUAUUUAUAGUUGUAAGCGAACAAAGCAGACCUGAUUACAAAAUACUUAAUAUAGAAGAUCCCAAAUUGUGUUCGCCCAUAACAAAAAGAAAAAUUCGCACUGAUGGCCUUAUUGUCAAAGAAGGCAGAUCUAUAAACAAACAUUCUAUAACAUGGACUGCAAAUAAUCACUGCAAUUUUGAAGUGCAAUCCUCUUACAGAGGAGGAGGUAUUUUAGCAGUGAUUCAGCAUUUGAAUUUGAGAAGAAAUUCUACAACUGGAGAAUGUAUAGAUUAUGUUGAAUUCAGUAGCAGGGAAGUAAUGUUGCCUUAUCGAUAUUGUGAUAUUAUUUCUGCAGAUGUAGCAAUGGGUACUACUGAAAAUGCUACUAGUCAUUUACCAAUUCUACGCGGUUCAUAUAUGAAUUCUGAUGGGGAAUUAAACACAGUUAUCCAUAUUUCCAAAAUUCCACUGUCCUAUGAAGAACACACUGGGUUUGAAAUAGUUUUCACAUCUUAUGCAGACUGUUCUGAUAAGGAGGACCGUCGCACCAGUAACCUUAAGCCAUGCAUUGAAAAGUUUGACAAAGUAUGCAUUAACAAGGAAUAUUUCAGUGAUGGUGUUGUUAAUUGUCCAUUUUACGGAUGCACAGACGAAUUGAGUUGCUCUACAGAAUUGAAAGAACCUGUGGAACCAAGAUGGUCCGCUGAAAGUAAAGUUAUAAUUGGAUCAAUUUCAUCAAUUUUCGUCCUGUUCACAUUCUUUAUAUUGUGUCUUUGGGUUUUUAAGAAGCAUAAAUUACUUUGUUGGGCCGAGGAUUUUGCUCACCCUUGUGAAACUACAAGUAAUCGGAAUUCUCGGGUAAUGGAACUUAGCGAACAAACGGGAGCUCGUUUGGCAAGAUCCACUGAUCCGCAGCCGAACGCACCGCCCGCUGAAGAAGAAAAGGAUUUGCCUCCUUCUUAUGAUAGCCUUUUUCCUGAUGGCCCUGGUUAACAUUAAAAGCAGGUAUUAUUUUAUUGGUAAACGCUGUUUAAAUUAUUGUAUUUAAAUAACAAGUUUUAUUUCUGACUCAAACUUGCCUUUUAAAAUAAGAUUUUUGGGAUUUUGGAUUGUAAUUAAUGUAGCGUCAUGGGAAGUUUUUUGUGUGGUGGGGUGAAAACAAAAAUGUUAACAUUAAAAAAAGUAUAUAAUUUACAUCUCACCGAGCUUAAUUUGUUUGAAUCUAAAUAAUUUAAGUUGGUAUUGUGCCAAAAUGAAUAUUGUGUUGGUCAUGAAAUUUCGUAUUGUUAGCGUAAGACACUUGUAAAUAUAUAUUAUAUUAUAUAAUUUUGUAACAUAUUUUAAUAAUAAAUAAUUUAAAAUACAACGCUUUAUUAGUGGGGCACACCAUAACACAUUCUACAU